GGUGCUGGGCUUCACUGCCCCUCUCUCUGGGCAGGUGAUGCUGGAGAAGGUGCUGGGCAUAACCGCGCAAACCAGCAGCGGCUUGGCCUGCGACCCCAACCGCGGGGGGAUCGCCCACCCCGUGGGCUGCUGGGGGAAGGCGGAAUGUGUGGUUGUGAUUUUAAAUCCCCAAAAGAAUAAACAAAGACACAUCUUUAAUACUUCCAGGAAGACACUCAGUGCUCUGUCUUUCUCGCCCGAUGGAAAAUUCAUUGUCACUGGUGAAAACGGGCACAGGCCGGCAGUCCGAGUUUGGGAUGUUGAGGAGAAGACCCAAGUAUCGGAGCUGCAGGGGCACAAACAGGGCGUGGCUUGCGUGGCUUUUUCCCCCAACAUGAAGUACAUUGUGUCAGUGGGCUAUCAGCACGACAUGACCGUCAAUGUGUGGGACUGGAGGAAAGACUCUCUACUCGCCUCAAACAAAGUUUCUUGCAAGGUCAUGGCAAUAUCCUUUUCGGAGGACAGCUACUUCGUCACCGUUGGCCACCGCCAUGUUAAAUUCUGGUUUUUGGACGCGCCAAGAGAAGUGAAGAUCAAGGAGACCGUGCCUCUGGUUGGUCGCUCUGGCCUUCUGGGUGAACUUCACAAUAACAUCUUUUGCGGCGUGGCCUGUGGCCAGGGGAAGAUGCUGGGCAAUACUUUUUGUGUUUCAUACUCAGGGCUCCUUUGUCAAUUCAAUGAGAAGCGCAUGUUGGAAAAAUGGAUUGAUUUGAAGGUUUCGCAAGCAAACUGCAUCUGCGUUAGUGAGAAGUUUAUCUUUUGUGGCUGUGCCAAUGGCACCGUGAGGAUCUUUCAUUCCCAUAACAUGCACUAUCUCACCGACCUACCCAAGCCGCAUUACUUGGGUGCUGAUGUAGCCAAAGAACCAGAACCAAGACGGCCGGAUUCUGUCUGUCCAGAUGCCAUCGCCUUGGCAUUCGACCCACGCAAUCAGUGGCUGUCUUGCGUAUACAAAGACCACAGCGUAUAUGUCUGGGAUGUCAAAGACACCAGCAAAGUGGGGAAAGUGUGGUCGGACCUCUUCCACAGUUCCUUUGUGUGGAACAUCGAGGUUUACCCCGAGUUGGAGGAUCACCAAUCCUGUUUGCCUCCGGGAUCUUUUCUGACGUGCUCAUCGGAUAACACCAUUCGAAUUUGGAACUUGGAAAACGGCACAAGAUCUGACUUCCAGAAGAACAUCUACAGUGAUACCUUGCUGAAAGUGAUCUAUGUGGACAACAACACUCAGCAUCUGCAAGACCCAACCAAUGUGCCCGACCGGGGCGAAAAUGCAGGCUACCUUGAUGUGAAAUCGGGUGUUCGUGUGAUGCAGGUCAGCCCCGACGGCCAGCACUUGGCUUCAGGUGACCGAGGAGGCAACUUGAGGAUACAUGAGCUACAAUUUAUGCAUGAAGUGGUUAAAGUAGAAGCCCAUGAUUCGGAAGUUCUCUGCUUGGAGUAUUCCAAACCAGAAACUGGAAUGGCGCUCCUGGCUUCCGCCAGCAGAGAUCGGCUGAUUCACGUGCUAAAUGUAGAUAAAUAUUACAGACUGGAGCAAACUCUAGAUGAUCACUCAUCAGCCAUAACAGCUGUAAAAUUUGCCGGUAACGGAGAAGUACAGCUAAUAAGCUGUGGGGCUGACAAAAGCAUUUAUUUCCGCAGUGCACAAAAAGUGGCGGAUGGGAUUAAUUUUGUCAGAACUCAUCACGUUGCCGAGAAAAACACCCUGUAUGACAUGGAUGUCGAUAUAACCGAGAAAUAUGUUGCUGUAGCCUGUCAGGAUAGAAACGUCAGGGUGUACCAUACUGCAAGUGGAAAGCAGAAGUGCUGUUACAAAGGUUCUCAAAGCGAUGAUGGGUCGCUCCUGAAGGUGCAGCUGGAUCCCUUGGGAACUUUCUUAGCAACAAGCUGCUCUGAUAAGAGUAUCUCGAUUAUUGAUUUCCAGUCCGGUGACUGUGUGGCCAAGAUGUAUGGACAUUCAGAAAUUGUCACUGGGAUGAAGUUCACUUAUGAUUGCAAACACUUGAUCACCGUCUCAGGAGACAGCUGCGUGUUUAUUUGGCUACUUGGCCCGGAGAUUACAAACUCUAUGAACCAGCAUUUGAUCGAACUUGAUGAGACGCAGCGGCAGAAAAAAGCACGGGGUCUAAACUGUUUUAACCAAAUCAGGCGGAAGACGUACGUGGCCGUACCCAGUGGAAUGAGGUCUCCCCCGAAUGCUGACGAUGAAACCGAUGAGCAGGAAGAAGGGUCCGCUCUGCAGACCCCUGCCAAAGACGACUCGGAUACAGCUCCUGUUUUCAUACUGACCAAUGGCAAACUGCCAAUGUGGGCAAAGAGACUGCUGGGAGAGACCGAUAACUUGGACAGCAUGACAUACCUGCCCCGGGUGGAUUACCAGCCGCAAGGCCGAUGGGCUGAACGGGCCGAGAAAGACCCGAUUAAAACCCUCCUGGAUGCAGAUUACUUCACCCCCAUAAAAAACAGCUUCGUGGGUGACACCGAGCUGGAACCGAAGAAUCUGGACUCGUUGCUCCUGCAGACAGAGAAUUCCCCAAGCAACAUCAUUGACAACUUCAAACCCUCGGAUAUCUUUCUGGAGGAUGAUGCCAAUCAGGAGGUCGAAUCUCUCGAAAGUACUGAAAACAGCACAUGCUCCAUGCAGGCUGGGGACAGCUUCUUGGAGGGUGACCGGACAAGUUUAAAAGAGUUGCCUCUUCAGCCCAUUUAUCAGAAGGAGGGCAGCAAAGAUAAAGCUUCCUCCGUAGUUUCAUUGGAUUCUGAAGCCUCUACUUUUGAUCUGCAGCAAGAAGAGUCUGCGGUCUCAGACGGGGACGCGGAGGUGGAAGUAGAAACAAUGGACGUGGAUGAGAAUUCCCAACGAAAUGUCUCUCUGCCCCAAACCCCCGAACAAGAAAAGUACCUCAAGCAUCAUUUUGAGACAUUGACGGACCCCCCAGCAGAAGAAAAAUUUGAUGGCUGCUUGAAAGAUCUGAAGCCGCCUGAAGAAAGGGAUGAGGAGAAGGACUUCUUCUUGAAUCCACGCUUGAGCAUUUCUGCAAGAUUUCUUUCACGCUGCCAGAAAAAUAGAUUUGCCGCUGCCUUUCUUCCAAGGCCACGCCCGCCAUUUCAGAGUAGCACUGAAGCACAAGACCACGGCAACGAAAAGAAUAAAUUACCUGGCGAGUCCAAGAAACCAGAGAAGCCACCAGAAGAAAAGCCCCCAGAGAUGAUAGAAAACCCAAAGUCAAAGACGUACAACACAUCGGAAACACAGCGCCUCAUCAGAAGCUUGCAUGCAAAAUUCCAGGAGACACUGCAGCUUUAUGACAAGGUGGCUUAUUCCAAAGAAUCCACUGAGGACGAACAGCUCCAGAUCCAGCCCCUCCUCGCCAGCACUUUCUGCUGGAUGAAAACCGAACUGGAUUCCCGAAGGGUCAAAACCCAUGUCGAUGUUGCCACGGCUACAGAGAGCCCCUUCCCUCCUCUCAAAGGUCCCCAUGACAAUGAGAUGCUUUCUCUCCUGACAUAUUAUUCGGAGUCGUUGGUGAGAAUGGUCCAGAAAAAACUCGACGACAGUAACAAACCAGAGGUGGUUUGAGAGACAGCAGACAGGUCUGUGGGUGGCUUUUUCUAGUGGAGCUUGAAACGUGAGUUUUAAAUGUUGGUCUCUACCUCCGACUGCUGUGAGCAUCUCUUCUUCCCCUGUAUUUUUGGAAGAAAACUCGGAUGGCAGCAUCAGAAACAAGGCCCUGACUUCUCUCUCUCUUCCAACCUGUUCUUAUUUUUAUGUUGAUGCAUUUGUGAGCUGGUGUUUGAACUCUCCAAUGGAAGAGUUUUUGAUUUUAGAGCCUGGCCGUUUCCCAGGCCUCUUUAAAAUAAACGUGUUCCUA